AUGAAAGUAUUAAGUGUAAUUUUAUUGGUAAUUUAUUCGACAAAAUCGAACGCAGCAAACUUCAUCGUGCCUAAACAACUGACUCCAGUCCAUGGACUCUUUGUCAAGCCAUCGGAAGACGGUAUCACGGGAGACUUGUACGUUGCGGCAUCGGAGGAUAGCGGCGUAGACUCACAAUGGCUAACAGAACAUCCCAUCAAUUUUUUACCAGCUUCCACUCAAGCUCAAGCGGCUUCCGCACCAGUUACAUUUACCUCCAGUUUAACAACAAGCAGUUCACCGCACGAGAAGACGGUCACCAAUAAAAAGAAAACUGUCGUUACAAGUCCACCAGUCAAAUACGCCUAUGCACUUCCUAUUCCAGGCGCGCCUGAUAUGAAUGGAUUCAGUCCAUAUCCAUUUGGAUUAUAUGCCCCUCAUAACUAUAAAGCAGAAGAGUCACAAUGUCAGAUGGAAGGUUUGACACCCCCAACAAGUUUACCUUCGUACCCUUACCCAUUUUACUACCCUCACAUGAUGGCAGCACUAGCCGGUGCUUUGAAUUCUCACAAGGAAGGAGAAAAUGAUGGCGCUUCAAGAACUGCAUUACCAGUACCACACCAUUGGCCGGGUACUUACGCAUAUCCAUAUCAGUAUAUAAUGCUAGAUCCUGCCGCAUGGUCAAGUCAGAGUCAGAGUCAAACUACAACAACAGGAAAAAUAACAACCGAAGAGACAGACGAUGAUUAG